AUGGAUGAAAUUAAAGUAAAUUUAAAGCUUAAUUAUCCAGAAUUUCCGUUGCCACAAAAUGACAUUUUAUAUAGUACUAUUGGAACAUUGAUACAAGAUAAGAAUUUUGAUGAUAUUGCAUUAUUAACACGAUUAUCAUCGGAAGAUAUGAAUUUAUGGCGUACUCAAACAAUUAAACCAUCUUCUAGUCGACAAAAAACAUAUCGAAUAUCGUUUCCUACGAAAUUAAAGAGUAAUAUUUUUGAAUUAAAUGAUGAUGAUCUUGCUCUAUUAUUACGAAUAAUAAUGGGUCCUUUUAAUGACACUUGUAUUACCAGAAACAAUGUUAAAAGCAUUUAUUGA